UUUCUACAAGGGGGCCGGGCGGAGAACCUGUGGAGGCUCCGCACCCCACAUCCACACGCCUCCCUCCGGAGAACCUGCAGGAGAAUCCCCGGAGUUCAGUGCAUGUCCGAAAGCAGCGAUAUUGUCAGAGGGAUGUUCGGUGGAGGUCUUGCCCCGGGGCCCUCCUUGGUGGUUCAUCCGCCCCUGCACAGUGCCACUUCCCACACAGCCAGCGAGUCGGCCUGUGACGUGUAGGAUCGGCGGCGGCGCCACGGUUGCUGAGUGCCGGGCUGUCGGCUGCUGCGAGUCGGCCUCCCCCGCUGGAGCUCUCCCAGUCGGGUGUGUUUACCUCCCGGUGCCCUGUGGCCGGCUGCCACACACAGACACAAACACACACACACAGACAGACACACACAGACAGACACACUCCGCCUUCCGCAGCCUCACCGAGCCCGGGGAGGAGCACCGAUGUAAGCGGCCUCGCCUCUCGUCCUCCGCGGGUUCCCUGCAGCGGCGUGUCGCUGACCCCGUGGCCGAGUCGUCAUGAAUAAGGAAAUCAUGUCACGUGUGGUGAAGAAGAGGCAGGCAGACCCCAAGGUGGUCCAGUAUGUGUGGGCGUCCAUCGAGGUCAUCCGCAACCAGAAACAAAUCGCAAAUAUGGACAGGAUCUCCAAGUACCUGAGUCGUGUUUAUAGUAUGCACCCCAAGGAGACGGCCAGACAGCUGAGCCUGGCUGUCAAGGACGGCCUGGUGGUCGAGACCCUCACGGUGGGCUGCAAGGGCUCAAAGGCCGGCAUUGAGCAGGAAGGCUACUGGCUACCGGGGGAGGAAAUGCCAAGUUCAUUCCCAAUGAAUCAGGAGCCGAAAGCCGAGGGAAGCAAGGACUGGGAGGCAGAAAGCCACGACUGGUACUGCUUCGAGUGUCACCUACCGGGCGACAUCCUCACGUGCGACAACUGCUUCCGAGUUUACCAUCUCAAGUGUCUGUCGGACGAGUGCAAGCCCCGAGACGGAGGAUCGCACUGGCAGUGCGUCGCCUGCAGGGGCAGUAAAAAGAAGAACCUGAACAAACAGGACAUGUGUAAAUACCUGCGUUUCAUCGUCCAGCGUAUGAAGGAGCGGGCAGUGGACCUGAACAAGAAAGGCAAAGACAUUAAACAUCCCAUGUACAGACGGCUGAUCCACACGGCACUGGACGUGUCCAACAUCCAAGAGAACCUGUCUGAGGGAAAGUAUAAGAACUUUGAUGAGUUCAAAGCAGACGCUCAGCUGAUUGUUCACAACACUUCCAUCUUGUAUGGAGUUCACAGCGACCAGGCGGAGAUCGCUCGGUUGCUCUUCAGCGACACGUGUCACGAGUUGAACGAGUUGUUGUUGUGUAAGAACUGCUUCUACUUGUCGAACGCCCGGCCCGACAACUGGUUCUGUUACCCCUGUAGCCCCAGUCACGACCUGGUCUGGGCGAAGAUGAAGGGUUUUGGCUACUGGCCGGCCAAAGUCCUGCAGCGGGAGGACAACCAGGUGGACGUGCGCUUCUUCGGACACCAGCACCAGAGAGCCUGGAUUCCUGCAGACAACAUACAGGACAUCAAGGUGAGCGUCCAGCAGCUGCAGGUGAAGCGCAGCAGUGGUUGGAAGAAGGCGUGCGAGGAGCUCGAGGUUUACCAGCGUUUCCUGAGGGAGGGGCGCUACUGGAAAACAAAGAUGGAGGAAAGCAGCCUGCCGCACCAUCAACAGAGCCAGCCGCAGCCGCUGCAGGAAGUGGAGGAGGAGGAGGAAGACGAUGUGGUUGAGGCGGAGGAAGAGGAGGAGGGCGGCGGUGGUGGUGGUGGUGGUGGUGGCGGUGGUGGUGGCGGUGGUGGUGGCAGCGCCGCCGCGAGGCCCGACAGACCGGAGCGGACAGACGAAGCCGAGUCGAGCAUCUCCUCCACGAGCAACGAGCAGGUCCGACAUCUCAAGGGCAGUCAGGAGCCAAAGGCGAAGAAGAGUCGUCGGUCUCAGAUGGUCGAGCCCAAAGAGGAAGCAAGUGACCCGGAGCCCGAGAUGGAGGCGGUGAGCUCCAGCCAGGAGAUCCCCGUGUCCUCGGCGCCGCAGCAGCCGGAGAAGCUGUCGGUGUCCACGCAGACCAAGAAGGCCAGCGGGGGGUCGCCGCGCACGCUGCACCGCGGAACCCAGACCAGCAGCGACGGCGCCUGCCAGAACAUGUGCCACGAGAAAUACACCAAGGUCUUCAACGACGUCAAAGAGAUGAUGAAGGCCGACAACAAGAGGGAAACGGAGAGGGUCGUCCGAGAAGCUCUGGAAAAGCUCCGAGCAGAGAUGGAAGAGGAGAAGCGUCAGGCGGUGACGAAGGCGGUGGCCGGAUCUCAAGCGGAGAUGGAGAGGAAGUGUAAGCAGGUGAAGGAGAAGUGUAAAGAGGAGCUGGUGGAGGAGGUGAAGAAGCUGGUGGCCCAACACAAACAGCUCAUCUCCCAGACCAAGAAGAAACAGUGGUGUUACAACUGUGAGGAGGAGGCCAUGUACCACUGCUGCUGGAACACCUCGUACUGCUCCAUCAAGUGUCAGCAGGAGCACUGGCACGCCGACCACAAACGCACCUGCCGCCGGAAGAGAUGAGCGCUCAAGCCCCGCCCUCUCUGACCCCUGCACAGCUCGCCAACGGCUCUCGCCCUCUCCGUCGCCUGUCAGUCAGUGUCUACAACAAACACACAACCACACACACAACCACACACCCCCUUCCUGCUUCUCUACUUGCCUUCCUGAACACUUUGUGGACCCGAGCUCUGGUUCUGUUUGUUAUUUAAUGUCCCCAUCGUAUCGAUUUCUCUUCUCUGAGUCACGAACAGAUCGUCGGAGAGUUCGGAUCAAACGAGUCCUGAUUCCGACUUUUAUGUUUCCUUUUUUUUGUGUUUUUAUUAUUUUCCUUUUACUGAAGUGCUAAUUUUGAGCUUGUGUCAGAGAAUGUGUUAUUUAAGUGUGUAGUGACAGAUGAGCAUUAACAGAAGACAUUUUAUUACCUGAAUUUUUUAAAAGAGUCAUUUUUCUUACUGUAAAUGCAACAAAUACACCCUGUCGACCCCCCUCCCCCCCCCCACUCCCUGUAAGUACUACCGCUGCAUUGAACGAGUUCUGCUUUCAUAGAGAAAACUUCCUGGAAAAACUACAAAAAGCUGCGUGAGGUGUCGACGUGUGGAAGCUCACGAAGUUUCUCUUUUCACGAGGCGCUUGUGGUGAAAAGCACCUUUUAUCAUUUCUACCUAAAAUCAAGACUUAUUGGAAACAGGGUCACGAGUUCGGCUUGAAAAGACGCCGACAAAAGAUAUCUUCCAUGAAUUAUUAUUGAUAUUAUAAUUAAUAUUAUGCAAUUUCCCCCUUUUUUUUUAACAGACACAUUUUAAUGAGUCAGGUAUUAAAAUCAAAUGUGAAGAAAUCAUUUAUUUCCGUUGCUCUAAAUUGGGAAAAUGUAGAACAAUCUUUCUUGAGCUGGAUCUUAGAGAGGUUCCAUGAUUUGACCGUUUUUUGCACAUUUCAUUUUGUUAACAGCCCAAAUAUGUGUAGCCCCCCCCUCCUCCCAGCUUUGCUUUGUAUAUUUUUCCGAGCGUCGUAAGUGUAAUUUUUAUAAUAUGAUAUCCACUCGAAAUGCAUCUUCUCUCCUUUUUUUAAUCUGACGUGUGAGUAAAGCUCCGAGACUCUUUCACUGCUCUUUGCCGGCUUCUCAUCUUCGUGCAUGUUGAUAGUUCCAUCAUCUUUUUUUCAUUCAUCGCGGUAAAAGAAAACAACAAAUAAAAAAAUUAAGAAGACGGAUGGACCAAUAUAAAACAUUAUGCAAAUGUGAAUGAUCAAAUCAAUCUUUUCUAUUCUUCUCCCUGAGAUGGAGGGCGAUUGUUUCUACCUUUGGUGCUUGGAUUUUUUUUUCCUUCCUCAAUGCGGCAAUAAAAUUGCCAGGUUUUGAUUUUUUUUUUUAGAAGUGUGGCACUUUUAAAGUUUGACUGUUUCCUCAGUUAUGAAGAUUGACUGAACGGAGGAAAAAUAAUUCAGCUUCUCUGUACAGAUCCUUUUCUUUUUCUAAACCCGCUCUGGUUCGUGCUUCUGGUGACGUGUGGAGAAUAACGUGUCGUACAUUUUCACCUAGUGGGCAGAACCAGGCUUUUAUUUCUAUUUCAUCCGUUGUGUGGUAAAUGAAAAGUGAACUCUCAGUCCAGGUGGUCUACUUGUGCCGUGUGCCCGUUCUGUAGCACAUGCUAACUGUACGUUAUGAACUAUAUAUUGAUGUUGCUUUUCAUUCUGUACCAGCAGGAAAUCAAAAUGCUCAAUAAAAACUGAACGAGGUCAAAACAGCAUGAGCGUCAUGUAGGAACACGCUUGAGUUUCUGACUUCAGCUUCCUGCGUCUGUGAAAUCCAACACGUCAGAGAAGCUUCGGACUAAACGCCUCCGAGAGAGUGCGAGGACAGGACAUUAGAAUUCAAAUAAUCUGAUUAUACCACAUAAGGGUGAAAAGACGAACUUUCCGCGUAGGGAGAUUGGAAUCCUGGUUUCACAGAUGCAGAAAGUUAAAGUCUCGACUUUUUAAGCCGAGUCAAAAGUGGAAUUAUAGCAGCGCUGGUGAUGCUGUGUCACCCUGGCUCUGAAAUCCAGAAAAUUACAGUAAGAGAAUAUUGAAUUAUGGGACGAUGGACAAGUCCAGUCGCUGUCUCAGUUACACAACUACACAGCUCUGAUUAUGGGAUACUUCCAGCAGCAGAUUUUGAAGGUGCGUGUAGAGUGUUGGCUUGAAGUAACAACGACGUGUGUGUUGAUGAACAAACACGUUUUAUUAAAGUGAAGCCCUGAUAUGAUUCUGCAGGUUUUGGAAACACAACUCUUUAAAGUAUUGGAGCGAACAAUGUGAUUAUUAUUAUAUUAUGAGAAUUUUCUGUCACGACACCUGAUUUCUAAACCUUGUCUUUUGUUUUGAAACUCGUUCGAGCGCAUCACUCUAACAUGUCACCCGUUGUCGUGCCGUUCUGCCACCGUGUCACAUGUUUUAUCACAGUUCUCCUCCGAGUUUUGGCAUCAAACGUUUUCGCUUCGUCAUCAUUGCACUACAUGUAAAUAAAAUGUCUCCGUCACAUGAUAUGUACAUUGUAAAUGAAUUCACAAAUAUUGGAUUUCAGCUGUUCUCUUCUGGAUGACUGUUAGUUUUAGUUUUGUACAAUGUACAACCGUAAUCAUGUUAAACUCUGUGGCCACAACGCGGAGCUGUCUGUGUUUCAGUUUCUCUUUUUUUUUAUUAUUUCAAACACCGUGAACCACACUGCACCUUCAACGUCUCCCAGUGAUUCAAUGUGUUGGUUUUUUAACACACUGUUGGAAACCAGCUCAUAAGUGCAUGACACAUUUCACGUGACUCUUCUCUUUUACUGUUUUUAUAUUCGUCCAUCCAGCCGUAAAGAUUUCAGUGAAUUUAGUUUGUUUUCCGCUAUGUGGAAAAGAAAAUUGAUGUCAUUCCAGUUUGUAUCUCUGGUUUUUAAACUGCAUGAGUAAAGGUGUGUGUCUGUGGCUCCUUAUUCUGUUUUCCCUUGUGUAAAGAAGAGAUUUUUGCACUUCCUCAGAGUAAUGCAAUAUGACAAUGAUGUUUUUUUUUCAUUUUUUGGGAAAUUCACUUAAGCUAAAUCACAUUUUCAAAUCAGUAAAUCAACGACACGGUCGACCAGACCCAGACUUUUCACUGUUUUUUAUUCUAAGUACGUGAUGCGGUGUGAGUACUAUAUGAAAUCAUGCUUAUACUUACAGAGUAUAGUUACUUUUAACUGGAAUAAUUCUAGUUAAAAAUUGGUUUGUCCUCAUCCCCUGGAGAUCAUGUUCUUCUGUUCUGUCCAUAUGUAAACUAUUAAUCGUGGCUUAACAUUUUCUAUGCUCCUGAUAUUUCUUUUUUGAUGCUGUAGCCAGCAAUAUGUAUAUAAAUAUAUUCUAUGUGCUAACAUGGAGGAAAUAAAUGUAUCAAAAAUGUC